AUGGUAUUAGCUGAUUUAGGUAAGCGUAUUAACGCUGCUGUGACACAAGCUCUGAACAAUGAUAAAGACGAGUAUGCUGUAACAGUAGAGUUGAUGUUAAAGUCAAUCGCGACUGCUCUUUUGGAAAACGACGUUAAUAUCAAGCUGGUUUCUAAUCUAAGGAAUAAUUUAAAGGUAAAGCUACUUGGAGUUAAGAAUUCUAACAAGGAUACUAGUCAAGCUCAAACGAAGAAACUGAUUCAGAAGACUGUUUUUGAAGAAUUAUGCAGCUUAGUGGAUUGUGAAACGGCUGCUUAUCAACCAAAGAAGAAGAAAUCAAACGUGAUAAUGUUUGUUGGGUUACAAGGCUCUGGUAAGACAACUUCGUGUACGAAGCUUGCUGUUUACUAUUCAAAACGUGGCUUUAAAGUUGGGUUAGUGUGUGCAGAUACCUUUCGAGCGGGUGCUUUUGAUCAGCUAAAACAAAAUGCAAUUAAGGCCAAGAUACCAUUUUAUGGUUCUUACACAGAGACAAAUCCUGUUAAAGUUGCUGCCGAUGGUGUGGAGAAAUUCAAGAAGGAGAAAUUCGAAAUAAUCAUUGUUGAUACUUCAGGCAGGCACCAUCAAGAAGAUGCAUUGUUCCAAGAGAUGGUAGAAAUCUCCGAAGUUGUUAAGCCUAACAGUACAAUUAUGGUUUUAGACGCCUCUAUAGGUCAGGCUGCAGAACAGCAAUCAAGAGCUUUCAAGGAAUCCUCUGACUUUGGAGCUAUAGUUUUAACCAAAAUGGAUGGACAUGCUAAGGGUGGUGGUGCUAUCUCUGCAGUCGCAGCUACUAAAACACCAAUUAUCUUUAUCGGUACAGGUGAACACAUUCACGACUUUGAAAAGUUUUCACCCAAGUCAUUCAUAUCGAAAUUACUUGGUAUUGGGGACAUUGAGUCUUUAUUGGAACAGUUUAAGACGGUUUCAAAUAAAGAAGAUACUAAAGCAACUAUGGAAAACAUCCAACAGGGUAAAUUCACCCUGUUGGACUUCCAAAAACAAAUGCAGACAAUAAUGAAAAUGGGUCCACUUUCUAACAUUGCAAGCAUGAUACCAGGUCUAGGUAAUAUGAUGAACUCUGUUACGGAGGAAGAAACAAGUAAGAAGAUGAAGAAGAUGGUGUACGUUUUAGAUUCGAUGACAAAGGAGGAACUAGAGUCAGAUGGCAGAAUAUUGAUUGAUCAGCCUAGUAGAUUAAUAAGAGUUGCCCGUGGUUCAGGUACUUCUGUAUUCGAAGUGGAAAUGAUUUUAAUGCAACAACAAAUGAUGGCAAGGAUGGCCCAAGGAGCUAAAAACAUGGGUGGUAUGCCUGGCAUGCCCGGAAUGCCCGGUGCUGCUGGCGCUGGACCAGGUGGCAUGCCAAAGAUGACACCGCAAUUAAUGCAACAAGCCCAGCAGAAAUUGAAACAAAAUCCAAGCAUGAUGAAAAAUAUGAUGAGUAUGUUUGGCGGUGCUGGUGGUCCUGGAGGUAUGGGCGGGUUCCCUGGUUUCGGUGGUGCCGGCGGUAUGCCUGAUAUUAAUGAAAUGAUGAAAAUGAUGCAGGACCCACAGAUGCAACAAAUGGCAUCUCAAUUUGGCAUGGGUAUGUAG